AUGGGGGAAGCAAACCUACCCGAAGAGAUUAUAGUGAAUAUCAUUUCCAGGCUGCCUGUGAAAUCCUUGGUCCAGUUCACCUCCGUCUCAAAGCGGUGGCAUUCCAUCAUAUUAUUCGACCCUCAUUUCACAACUCAGCUCCGGAGGAACAAAACCCUCACUCGCAGACUGCUGCCCUACUCGCGCAACGGAAACCCCGGUAAGCUGAAAUCGCUGGACUCCGAAACGAAGUCGGUUAAAAAGGUGAACUUCCCUUUCAAACGACGUUUCGUCACACUACUGGGCUCCUGCGAUGGCCUAGUGUUUGUAGUCGAUGAGAAUCAUGCGAAAAGUUUCCGUGUCCAUGUAUGGAACCCAUUGACUGGAUUCGUGAAGGAGUUGCCUAACCCAGGUUUUUCUACUGAUUUUGACUUGGAUUUACGUGCUUAUGGUGUUGGGUAUUUACCAGCGACAAAUGAGUAUAAAGUUAUUCUGAGCUAUGCUCCGGUGGAGGACGAUGAGACCUGGGAUGAGGGGGAAGAAGAGGAAUUGUGGUUCAGCAAGAUAAUGUCAUUGAAAGAUGGGAUUUGGAGAAGUAUUGAAGCCCCGAGAUAUUGCUACAUGGGGCACCAGCAGGGGACUCUUGUCAAUGAGUCGCUCCAUUGGCUAAAGACGUCAUUACGAUAUGAAAUAGUUGCUUUUGAUUUGGCUAGGGAGGAGUUUCGAGAAAUUGGGAUGCCUGAUUUCGGCCCAAAGAGGAUCCGGGAUCUCAGCGAACUCAAGUAUAACUUUGGAGGAUGCCUUGGACGAUGCCUGUGUGUGUUGCGUUAUCCUCCGAUGGAUGUUUGUGAUUCGAUUGAGUUUUGGGUAAUGAGAGAAUAUGGGGUGAGUGAGUCGUGGACUAAGCUCUUUACCUUGAGGUUUUCAAAUCCACAACGCAGAUGGUCAACGAUGCCCCUCUUUGAUUACGGAAAACUAUACAGUUGCCUUGAAAUUUAG